UUUCCACAACAAAACUUUUCAUUAAUUUCUUCAAGAUUCGAUGGAGAUAAUCUCUCAAGUUACAAGUUAAGUGUAGCAAGAACCCAUUUUUAGUUACAUAAAUUUAUUUUAUAUAUUGCAAGCAAUAAAAACUUAUCUGUAUCACAUUUUUAACCUUGUUAAUGAUAAGGCAGGAUUGCUUGAAUUAAUUAAGUAAUUUGUUUUAAUUGAGCCAGUCAAUUUACACCAUGGUUGUGGAAGUGCCGAAAAUACAAUUAGGAAAUGGACAGACGAUGCCGAUUGUCGGGCUUGGCACUUACGCGCGUAAAGCAGAGCCAGGCCAGUACCGGCAAGCAGUGGAGUGGGCCAUCGAGGCGGGGUACCGGCACAUCGACACUGCCUCCAGCUACCACAACGAGGAGGAGGUUGGCCAGGGAAUAGCAAAUGCCAUCAGCAAGGGACUUGUUACUCGGCAGGAGCUGUUUGUCACUACCAAGUUGUGGAAUGACUGCCACGCGGAAGCUGAUGUCAUCCCGGCACUGGAGAAGUCUUUAGCGAGGCUCAAACUGGACUAUGUGGACCUGUAUCUUGUACACUGGCCCGUCUCUGUUGAUGCUUCUGGAGAGGAUAUGGGUAUCGACUAUCUGGAAACCUGGCGCGGAAUGGAAGAAGCCGCGCGUCGGGGGUUAGCGCGGGGCAUCGGCGUUUCUAACUUCAACGCCGACCAGCUGCAGCGAGUGAUACGGGUUGCGCAGAUCAAGCCCCUUGUGAAUCAGAUAGAGAUAAACCCGACGCUGACUAACCACGAGCUAGUCAACUUCUGCAAAGCCAAUGGCGUAGUCCCAAUAGCGUACACCGCGCUAGGCUUACUAUCGGAGGCUCGGCCGGAGUUUGCAGGCAAAGAUGUUAUAAAAACGGACGCGGCGCUUGGUCGGGUCGCCGAGCAACAUGGGAAGACCAGGGCGCAGGUCGUGCUUAGAAAUCUGAUCCAACGCAGCAUCCCCGUUAUCCCGAAAUCUUUCACGCAGUCCCGCCUAGCCGAAAACCUGGACAUCUUCGACUUUGAGUUGAGCCCCGCCGACAUGGACGUGGUCGACUCUUACAAUAUCAACCAUCGCUGCGUGCCUGCCACGGGAUUCGCUAAGCUAAAGAAUUACCCUUUCUAACUUAUAGUAACUACAGGCGCCAUCAUAUGUAUCGGAGCGGCCAAGGUGCUCACAAAUAUCUGAACACGCCUUUAUUGUCAAGGCGUUAGAGUCGUGUUCAGAUAUUUUUAAGCAUCUUGGUCGCUCCGAUUUAUCAGAUGGCGACUGUACCUUUGAGCAACACCGAGAAGGGAGUCGUCAUUCGCAUUAUUUCCCCUCUACCGAAGCACAUGCCCAACUGGGCAUGCACACAACUAUACUCUGUAUCUUUAGGUAUUU